AGGUUCUACACACACUGCAACGGUACACACAGAGCCAAUCGAAUGCUCUGACGGACUCUGCUGUGGAGUCUAGUGUACCUGUGGUGGCGCCUAAGGACCGAACUUCGCGGGACAGUCCUGUCUACAGCACAAGGUGCAGGGGUCUGCCGUUGGAUAUACACGAACGUCACAGCUGCGGUGGAAGUCCCGCCAAACGGGCGCGUGUCUCUGCAGUAGGUAGCGCAACUGGACGCAGAAAGGAUUCGGGUGUAGCUGAUUGUGACUCAGAUGAGGAUGAGGAGAAGGCUGUCGAUUCGGGAAUGAGCGUCGACGCAGAGAUUAAAAAGUGCAAUGCAGAGAUUAAAAAGUGCAAUGCAGAGGCUAACCCGAAAUCGACGAAAAUUCGGGAUUUGAUGGGUAAGAAGCACCUGGUUUCGGUACGGAUGUGUAUGUGGUCAGUGUAA